CACCGCAGACUCAAGUCGCGGCCGUUGCACCCUCCGCCUCGCCUUCCGCAGACCCCGUUGUCCCCGCACAAGACCUUGCUCCCUCGUCCGCAGCCGUGCAGACGUUGACGGCGCCAGGAGUGGGCUCGGCUGCGGCUCACCCCACCCCGCAACCGGGCGCUAGCCCAGAUCACAGCAUCCUGCUUACUUGCAACCCGGCGCGCGGCUCGUUAACAGUGCCCAUGGAAUUCCUCCCCAUCUUCUUCGCGGACGUUGAGGAGGCUGCUGCACGGUGCCCGCAAAGAGUCACGGUGUAUACUGAGGAGCACGCAGCGGGCCCUGCAUCAAGCACAGCGGGCCAGGUGCGGCCGGUGCUACGGCCUUGGGAACUUCGGCUAGGGCGCAUAGGUAGAGGCUGGGGUUUGCGUGAAGCAGGCGGCUUGCUGGAGCACCUUGCCGUGCGGGAGCGGUGCGCCGGUGCUGUUCACCUCUCCAAGCGGCAAGUCGACGGCGUACUGGUGAUGAGCUUGGCUGCAAACGAGGCGCAUCCGUUGACUACCGGUACCUGUAGCGCGGCUGCUCCCAUUCCGGAGCAAGGCACGGCAUUGGAGGGCAGCGACGUUCGCAGCGGCAUCACGGCCAACCCCACCGGCCUUUGCCGGGGUACGGCCAUCGCUACCGCCCCUGCUCCCGCUGCUCCGACAGAUCGUCACUGCUCCGCAGCCCUUGGCCCUGCCGGACCUCAGAAGCCGGUGACGAUGCUGUCAUGCAACCCGUCAAUGCUGCAGCCGCAGCUCCCGGUUCCUGCCAUGCGGCGCGGCGGACUGCGUGAGAGCAUCACCGCCGGCAAACCCUUCAACCCCGCCGGCGCCGGCGAUGCAGCAGAUGAUGCAGCAGCAAUUGCGUCAGAGAACCGCCCUCAGUCACAACAGACUGUUGCAGCACGUAGGUAUGGAGCCGGCAGCAGCGGUUGUCUGUUGCAUGCAGGAGGCGCGACCGACAGCAGCAUCGGGAUUCACUGCACCGGCGUAACAGGCGUCACGCUUCCUUCUGUACCGCGUAAGCCGGGUGCAGUUGCGGCGUAUCCCUUGAUGCCGCCACGCCAACCCCUCCCCAAGCAGCCUCUAAAGCGGCCUCUGCAGCCACUGCAGCAGUUCGAGACAAGCCUACACCAAGAGCCAGGCGCAUAUGAAAGGGACUACUGCCUGCAACGGCCUGCGGAAAGUAGCCAGUGCCAAAUGCUGCGCACGCAGCGGCAGCCAACCCAGAUCAUCGCUGGCGGCGCGUCGGGACCUGUACGGCAGCGUGCCGUACCGGGUGCUGGCGGCCGCCCGGGUACGUGUGCAGGCGUCAGCAGCGGCGCUCGAGGCGGCGGUACAGCCGCGGGCGGCGGCAUGGUGCAUGCAGGGACCGCAGGUCGCCAGGGCACCGGCCGAGGACAAGACGUCGAGUUCCGUGAGGAGCUGAAGAGCAGCAGCAGCGGCGGCGAGGAGGAGGGGGAGGGGGAGGCUGCAUGUGAUGGUGCUGCUGCUGCUGCUGAUGGGGUCCUCCACGUGCAUCGCUGCAGUGCGGGACUUCGGCGUCGUGCUGGUCACGAGGGACGACAUGUCGGUGGCCCGGAGCCUGGCGUUGUGAUGGGCUGCAUGGGCCCUAUCCCCGAGGGAGCGGCCCUGGGUCAGCAGCUGCGCGCGCUGAUCUCGCUUGCCCUCGGGGCGAACGGAGGAAAUGAGAAGGAGAAGCAGCAGCUGGGCAACAGCAGCAGCGGCCGGGGCGAGGCGGUCGCUUGCAAGGCUUCCACAGCAUCAUACAAGGCUCCUGCAGCAGCAGCAGCACAGUGGCCCCAGCAGGCAACCGCCGCCAGCCGCCUGACGUGCCCCCCGGGCCGCUGCCCUGCUGACCCAGAUCACGCCGCAUCAAUGUUGGGUGCUGCCAAGCGGCGGAGGUUGGAGGCUGGGGAGGAGCAGGAUGGGAUCGAGGAACUUGACGCCUUGACGCGCGUCGGCUUUGUGCCCAUGACUUCGGGGCUGGUAGCCACCACUUGGUAGUGAGCUGAGGCGGCAAUGCAACGAAACUGGGUAACGCCCGAUUGUGGGCUAUAGCAGGUGUGGGCAACCCGCGGCGAGCUGUCGCGGGUAGAGUAAUACGGUAGCAGGGUGUCCUGGCUAUGCGGCGUACUAUAUAUGUACGGAGCAUGUGGUUUUGUUUACGGUUGGCUGGAAAGCCGCAUAAUGCUGCUCUGGAGGGAGUGCGAGGUGGGAGUGGGCAUUUCCAUUACCCGUACGAGCGUGUCAGUGUUGUGUCUUUGGGGCGGCUGGACGUGCUAGCGAAGAUCUGAUGUUUGUUUCAUAUUCUGUGGUAUGGAGAUACGCGUACAGAGAUCCGUCUAGUUCGUAAUGUGAUGUGUCCGUGUGCUUACGCCGGCAGGGGUGCAUAGCUGUACAUACUAAUUGCGCGUCAUGCAAAGAGUGCUCAAGUCUGUUCGGUUACGUGUACCAGCGUAAUGGCACUGCAGUGAUGCCCCAUACACGGAAUGGGUACCACUCCGUGUACACAAAGCUUGGUUACGUGAGCGUAGAUGUCCCUUCCGACUUCGCAGCGUUGUGGCCUGAAGCCUAAGGGUUUCGGCUGGUUCCCUUACGGUGUGCGUGUCAAAGAGUGCCGAAAAGAAGGGCAGCAAGUUCCGCCCGGUACGUACCAUGCUGCAGCGGUACUGUGUUGCACGACAGUUCGUCGCUGUCACCGCAUGUAGCCUAUGACGUUCGUACCAUUUUAGUAGAGUGGGUGUAGAGUAGAGUGAGAGCGGGAGAAGUGUGUGAGACCCACACUGGCGGCAAGAUUGGAGAUUUGGAGGGUGUAGAGGUGUGCGUGGGACCAUGCCGACGCCAUCUAUAGUAUCAGUGAUAGGUCCGCUGGACGUGAGGACUUGGUGGUCCAAGUGGCUGUUUUCGCUUCCCUUGUGCGUGGGACGGUGAUGUGGGUCGGCGGUAGCAGCUGGUUUGGACCCCAGCCACCUCAUGAGCAGUGUGCCCAGUACAACGAGAGCAGCACCGUGGGCAGUGGCGCCGUGGAUCAGGGCCACGCGCCGUGUGUGAUAGUUAUAGGGGAUACAUGUCAGGAGUGCAUUCGCUUGCAUGUCCAGGAUGCGGUGAAAGGCUAGGUGUGUGUUGGGGUGACCCGUGGGUCGUGACAAUGUGAUAACGGCGUGCGGGUACUCAUGAGCGUGGUGACGAGUACGUUUACGCUAUUUGCGCUGCUUUGUUGUAUUCAUUUGGACCGAGCAACACAUAGGAUCCAAUGCCUUGAAGAAGGACGCUGCACAACCAAACGCAGGCAGUACCGAAUCACCCAUCAGUAUACCGGUAAACUCU